AUGGGGAGAUUGAGACGGAAGAGGAUGCACAAGAACAUUCGAGACACGAAAAGGAAGUUCAGGACUAAGCGGCGCACCAAAGACAUGGAUCAGAUCCAUGAUGACUUGAAGGAGGUCAAAAAGCUCACCACUCAACCGAUUGACUAUGAUCUUCCUGGUGCUGGACAGUACUAUUGUGUAGAAUGUGCGAGAUACUUCACUGAUGGUACGUCCAAAGAAGAACAUAUCAAGUCGAAGCUGCACAAGCGCAGGCUCAAGGAGCUCAAGAAUAUUCCUUACACGCAGGAAGAAGCUGAUCGUGCUUCGGGCAUGGGCUCGUAUCAUAUACGACACACAAAGGGUAAGCACGCAGAGAUUGCACAUAACGUUGCGCUGGAUGGCAGUGAAGUGCCUGCUGCUGCUGAAGCUCAAUCUCACAUGGACGAGGAAUCUGACGAGGACUUGUGA